AUGGUUACAUCGAAAAAAGCUUGUCUCAAACUGGGUUGUCCUUGCGUCCCUCGCUUACCUUUAACGCCAACGCAGGUCGCUAUCACUGCCUAUCAAGGUCUAGAGAACCGCUUCAUCAGAUUUCUCACCGUUUUCCCCGCUCAAAACGGAGAAGGCUUACUCGAACCGAGUAUUGUGACCUCCCGACGCCGCAUCGGCACGGCGAACUCAGAUUCUCAAGGCCCUUCCACUUCAUACCUUCCAGUGACAACAAAACUUCAACCAAUCCCUUCCCAAGACAAUCAAACAUCCUUAAAAUGGUUCUCCGCCCCCUUCAUCCUCCUCCUUACCAGCGCCACUGCCGCUCCCCUCGCCAACAAGCAAGCCGGCGGCGACAACAGCGCCCAAGGCGUCGUCACUUGGGCGGAUGUCGGCAAGCGCGAUGGCACCCACGGCGAUAACAGCGCCCAAGGCGUCGUCACCUGGGCUGAUGUGGGCAAGCGGGACGGUGGCGACAAGUCUGCCCAAGGUGUCGUUACUUGGGCGGACGUGGGAAAGAGAGACAGCACUCAUGGUGAUAACAGCGCCCAGGGCGUUGUUACCUGGGCUGAUGUCGGCAAGAGAGAUGGUGGUGACAAGUCCGCCCAGGGCGUUGUGACUUGGGCGGACGUCGGCAAGCGGGAGGAGGAUGCUUGA